UCUCUCCGUCAGGUUGUAGCAAUGCCGCCCUACUCCUCAUAUCUGGGCGCUUUCAGCGUCUUUGCGUCGGCCGCUUUGGGCGAGUCGCGAUCGUCAUGGACUUUGGGACAGGGUAUUGAAGUCAAUUGGCAGGCGGGUUCCCAACAGCUGUCGAUUGUACAGGCUAAUAAGACCCUGCUCGCUACCGUCCCUGGCCAGAACUUCCUCAGUGCAAGUGCUGGAAAAGACCAAUGGGUCGGUGCGAAUGGGAACUUCAACUAUACCAACGUGGAUCUCAAUCGUUGCCAGGGUCAAAAUGUCACCGGAAUCACUCACUCUCCGCGUGACGAUAGUAUCAAUGGUGAGGAUGUGUCCAUCCAGGGAUACUUGCAACACUGUGGGAAUCAGUCUAUCGGGUAUACCAUGAGCUUCUGGGUGCCCAAGGCCCUUCCGGAUCGUGUGGCUUUCAACAUCAAUGUCGAGCCUGGUCACAAGCGCGCCUCUCCAAUGAAAAAGCUGUAUGUGACCUUUGGUUCCGAUGCAUCGGAGGACUUUUACGGUCUCGGUGCUCAGGCAUCCUUUGCGUCCAUGAAGAACCAGACUAUCCCCAUCUUCACCCGUGAACAGGGUGUGGGUCGUGGCGAUCAGCCCAUCACUGCGCUUGAAGAUUCUCAGAGCUGGUUCAGUGGUGGUAACGAAUUCACGACCUAUACUGCCAUCCCUCAGUACAUCAGCUCUGCUGCGAGAGUUUUCUACCUGAGGGAAGAAGACACUGCCUUUGCUGAGUUCGACUUCACUAAACCCAAUGCUGUGACGGUGAGAUACGAUGCCCUGACAGUUGGCGGACAUGUGAUGCAGGCGGAUAAUAUGCUCAAUGCCAUCACAAUGCUCACCGAUUAUGUUGGCAAAAUGCCUACCUUACCCGAAUGGGUUGAUCACGGUGCCAUCUUGGGUAUUCAAGGCGGACAGGAAAAGGUGGAGCGCAUCGUUAAAGAGGGUCUGAAGCAGGAUUGCCCUGUUGCGGCAGUGUGGCUUCAAGAUUGGUCUGGCACCCACUCUCAAGAAGCACCAUACGGCAACAUGCAAAUUUCUCGUCUCUGGUGGAACUGGGAAUCCGACAGCAACCUGUACCCAACCUGGACUGAAUUCGUGCAGGACCUUCGUGAGGAAUAUGGCGUUAAGACCUUGGCCUACAUCAAUCCCUUCGUUGCCAACGUUAGCUCUAAGGCCGAUGGUUACCGUCGCAACCUCUUCCUCGAGGCCACCAAGGGUGGAUAUAUGGUUCAGAAUUCGACCACCAACAGCACCGCUAUCAUCUCCAGUGGCAAGGGAAUCCAGGCCGGCAUUUUGGAUCUUACGAACCAGAAGACACGCUCGUGGUUUGCUGAUGUCCUCCGCAAGCAGGUUUGGAACGCCAACAUCUCCGGUGUCAUGUGGGAUUUCGGAGAGUACACUCCCAUCACCCCAGAGACCAAACUGGCCAACAUCUCUUCGGAUGCUUAUUUCUACCACAACCAAUACCCCCGUGACUGGGCUAUCUUCCAGCGCUCUGUGGCUAAAGAAAUGCCCCUGUUCGAUGAGAUGGUCACAUUCCACCGUUCUGCCUCGCUCGGCUCUAACCGCCACCUGAACCUGUUCUGGGUCGGAGAUCAAACCACCGUCUGGGGCGUCAAUGACGGUAUCAAAUCUGCGGUGACGAUCAUGGGCCAAAUGGGUAUUUCCGGCUAUGCUCAGAGCCACUCUGACCUCGGUGGCUACACCACCGCCUUCCACCCACCUACCGUGGCCAACUCAUCCGGCGCGAUUGGACGCAACGUGCCUGAGGUCAACGCUCAGUUCUACAGCAACAGUUCCACAUACUCCUACUACGCAUACAACGCACGGAUGUUCAAGAGUCUCGGCCCCUACCGCCGUCAGGUUCUGAACACCGAAAGCAAGACCCGCGGCUGGCCUCUCCUGAGAAUGCCAGUCCUUUACCACCCCGACGAUGCCAAGGCCCGCCAGAUCAGCUACCAGAGCUUCUACCUCGGCGCCGAUCUUUACGUUGCGCCGGUGCUGGACCCCCAAACUACCAAGUUGAAUGUGUAUCUGCCCGGCACGGACAGAAACCGCACUUACACCCAUGUCUGGUCCGGCAAGACUUACCACGCUGGACAGACAGUGCGUGUUGAUGCUCCUUAUGGAAAGCCCGCUGUGUUUGUUGUCAACCAUGCGCAUAGCCCUGAGCUGAAUGUCUUUUUGAACUUUGUUCGGAAGGAGAAUGGAACUGUCAUUCGUGUUUAG